UAACUGGAAUGACAACCACCUUGCUACUAGCAUAGCAGUCGGAUCCAGAGAAAGAACUGGGAAACAGUGGCCACACGAUCACAAACAAGGGGAGGUGACCAAUAAGGGAAACAAAGGAGAUUAUUUUGUAACGCUUCGGAGCACUUGAUCCUCAUUUUGCACCCCGUUACAGGCAGACCAAGCUCAGAAGCUGGACAGUGCGCUGCGCCUGGUUGCCCCUGGUUACCCUCCACCAUGCCUUUCCCCUUCGGCAAGUCCCACAAGUCGCCUGCGGACAUCGUGAAGAACCUGAAGGACAGCAUGGCGGUGCUGGAGAAGCACGACAUCUCAGACAAGAAAGCCGAGAAGGCCACGGAGGAGGUGUCCAAGAGCCUGGUGGCCAUGAAGGAGAUCCUGUACGGCACCAAUGAGAAGGAGCCCCAGACAGAGGCGGUGGCCCAGCUGGCCCAGGAGCUGUACAACAGCGGGCUGCUCAGCACCCUCAUCGCUGACCUGCAGCUCAUCGACUUUGAGGGUAAGAAGGACGUGGCUCAGAUCUUCAACAACAUCCUGAGGCGCCAGAUCGGCACUCGGACGCCCACCGUGGAGUACCUCUGCACCCAGCAGAACAUCCUCUUCAUGCUGCUCAAGGGGUACGAGUCCCCGGAGAUCGCCCUGAACUGCGGCAUCAUGCUGAGGGAGUGCGUGCGGCACGAGCCGCUGGCCAAGAUCACGCUGUGGUCGGAGCAGUUCUACGACUUCUUCAGAUACGUGGAGAUGUCCACGUUCGACAUCGCCUCAGACGCAUUCGCCACUUUCAAAGACCUACUCACGAGACACAAGCUACUAAGCGCCGAGUUCCUGGAGCAACAUUACGACAAGUUUUUCAGCGAAUACGAGAAGUUGCUCCACUCUGAAAACUAUGUGACCAAAAGGCAAUCUCUCAAGCUACUUGGGGAGCUGCUUCUCGACCGGCACAACUUCACCAUCAUGACGAAAUACAUCAGCAAGCCGGAGAACCUCAAGCUCAUGAUGAACCUCCUGCGAGACAAGAGCCGCAACAUCCAGUUCGAAGCCUUCCACGUCUUCAAGGUGUUUGUGGCCAACCCAAACAAGACGCAGCCCAUCCUUGACAUCCUGCUGAAGAACCAGACCAAGCUCAUCGAGUUCCUCAGCAAGUUCCAGAACGACCGGACGGAGGACGAACAGUUCAACGACGAGAAGACCUACCUGGUCAAACAGAUCCGGGACCUGAAGCGGCCCGUCCCCCAGGAGGCCUGAGGGGAGCCCUGGGGGGUGGGCGGCUGAGAGAGUUGAAGGGACCUGCAUUCCCCUUGUCAUGGGGAAUGCAGGAGGGAAGAGCCUCCAUGGAGGCCGAAUGGACCCGUCAGCCGACACCGCCGCUCCGGUUGUUUCUCGGGAAAUACAUUUAAGGAAGCAAAAGAAAAAGAAAAGCAGCGCACCCAUCACGUGACAUCGGGAAAGCUCUUCUGCCUCUCAAGGGACAUUUACAUUUUUUGUUUCCUUCUAUCUUUUGCUAUUUUUAUUUUCAAAUUUUCUUCCUUCCUUCAUUCAAAAAAAAAAAGAGAAAUAAUAGUUGCUGCUGCUUCCUUGCACAUUGAGACAUGUUUAAA